GAUCUACGCACACUUCUGGAGAAAUGACCCGGAAACUGAUGCUUUCUGUCACGGAAAGCUCACGAGAGAGAUUCGAUUCGAAUUUCUUGAGAUUGAAACUGAGAUUUAAGCUUGCUUAGAUAUCAUCGCUGACCAAACUUUAAAUCAAAAUACUACUCGCGCCUUUUUUUUUUAAUAUAAUUGUGACUGAAUUAAGUUCCUAGAAUUAUUUAUCGCGUUUUCGCUUGUAUUGUGAAUCGUCAUUUGAUUUCGCGACUUUAUUUAAAAAAAAACAGCAGUAUUUGUUUAUAUUUUCUUUUCUGUCGAGAUGCACAUCCAGGUCGAGGAGCGUGUGUUUUCUUCCAUUGCAGAUUCAAGUGGAUGUCUUGGUAGUGCGCUUGUGGCAGGUGAUUCCAACGUACAUCGUAUCCAAGCAGCGAUUCCAAAUUGGUCCACUAUUCGAUGCCUCCCAGUAUCAGGAGCCAAGUUUGUGAAUGACAAGAAGGGAUUUGUGGCAGUUCUGCAGCUUUCAUUGAAGAAGGAGUUUUACCCAUGUGUCUAUAUUCAUCUUGGCUCCAAUGAUGUUCAAGCCAGAGAGGAUGUGUUUUAUAGGAGAGUCACUGAGGUAUGUGAUAGUAUCCACGAGACGAGUCCGGAAACUGAGAUUGUUUUAUGUUCUAUUCUGCCACGAAAAAAGAAUGACAGACGAGUAUCUUCAACAUUAGCGAGAGUCUUCAACAGAUGGAUCCAGAAUGCUAACACCAUGCUAAUGGACAUUUCAGAGGCCAUCCCAUACAUCAGAUUCCUUGGAUAUGGAGCUCAGGAAUGUGCUGAUGUGUUGGGUCGUGAUGGACUUCAUCUGAGUCGUGUUGGUGGUAGACAUUGUAGUCAGGUGAUUGAGGAGGAUGUGUAUUCCUGGAGUGAAAUAGCCUAUCAGCAGGAUGUACAUUGGAAUGAAGACAUACGCCAACCACAUUCAGCAGAGAUUGAUGCAUCAAGCUUUGACCAGUGCCUGGCAGCUGCUGUUGAACCAGUCAGUGACCAGAAUGUCCAGGCCAGCAAGCAGCCUCUGUACUCGGAAAUAGUCCGUUUGCCAGCAGCUGAAGUUCCAGAUGUUACCUCAGUGCAGCAUAAUGUGAAGUUACCAAGGCGCAAUGUAUUGAAGGUUGAUGAAUGUGCUAGAUCAGCCAGACCAUGUAACCACAGAUCAAACAAACAUCGAAGGGCAAGGCGAAGAAAAUUUACGCAACACAGACAGCUGAAAGUUCAAAGAUCUGAGCAGUAUAAAGAUCACGUUGAAAUUCCGUUGACAUCUGAUGUAACGGUAAAGGUGAAGGCAGACAAUGUACAUAGCAUCUGGAUGUGCCCGAAAGAAGACGCCAUUACCACAAAGAAGCGCCUACCUGUCUGCUCUACAAUGACUGGAGUUAAGAAGAUAAACAAGCAGACAUGGUUUGACUGCCCCCUAUGCCCAGUGAAGUGUUCUAGAGAAGAUUUCCUACUGGACCAUUUCUGUCGACGCCAUGUACCUGGAGGGACCAAAUACAAGAAGAACACUGACAAUUCUUUCUGUCAUCGGAAAUCAACGAAGAGCAGCAGAAGUCAGCCAAACUCGAAGAGCACCAUUUCAACAUCCAGCCUGAACCCUGUAGAAAAAACUUCACCUCCCCAUCAAGAUGAAUUGGAUAUCGCAGAUCACGCCGAUUUCUCCAAAUUAAAAUUACUUUUAUCAAAUGAUGUUGAGCAAAAUCCUGGACCUACCUAUCACUGUGAAUGGAAUAAUUGUGGAUUCAUCGGGCUAACAAAAACUAGAAUGGGACAACACCUGCGACAACAUGGACGAGAAGAGGAAUGCAAAUGGGCGCAAUGCAAUGGAUUUCAGCGAACGAGCUACGAAGACCUGGAGUUACACAUUAUACACGACCACUUCUUUGAUGACAGAAUCACCUUUCCUUCCCUAGAUGAUUGGCUGGAAUAUCUCCCAGAAAAAAGAAUCGACCCAGAAACCACUGAUUUACGCUUCUGUCCAAAACACCUGAGAAGCAAGCUGAAGUUGUUACUGUUUGAUGAGGACUACCUGGACAUGCCGACAAACAAAUCCUACACAAUGAGCGACCACCUGUGUACACUGGAUUUUGAAAGUAAUCAUUAUACUAAAAAUUUCUUAAAUAUUGAGAAAAAAUUUAUUGAAAAAAGACUUUUGUUAGGUGAAGACUGGUCAGAUUAUAAUGGUAAAUUUGAGGAAAAUGACACUGAUUCACUUUUAAGUCCAGAUCCAAAAGUCCGCAAGCACAGGCAGUUCCAUGGUGGAAAAUAUCAAUUCCACUUUGUCCAAACUUCACGUCCUGAAUUAAGUUCAAAUUCUCAUUCUGGAACUAAGUUAAAGCCUGUAAAAAGAAAAGCUUCCUGUACAUUUCCAAAUGAAUGGUCAAAUAUCUUGCUGACAAAUUUACAAUUCUGUUCUCAUGCCAUAACUAUGCAGAACUUAUUUCUGAAUUUGAUUUUAGAAGAAGGAAUUGUUGAUUGCAAAAAACUAAGUUUUCUUAAGUUAGAAUAUGACACUGCUCUAUUAGCAUCAGCCAAAACCUGCACCAAAGGUGUUUUUGUUUGUCAUGUAUUUAAAAUCAUUGUAGACAAUGCUGAAUAUCUGUACAUCCGCUAUGUUGAGUCUGGAGUGUAUGCUGGCCUAAUGGAACAGAAAUAUUUGCAAGAAAUCAAAGAUACAUUUCAUUACACUGACAAUAAUAUGUUUUUGCAUAAUACAUUAACAGUGGAAGAUAUACAGAACAUGGAAUCUGAUCAUAUAAAAGAUAAAAAGGAACAGCCGAAUACAUAUAAGCCCAGCAGCAGACUUAAUGAUUUCUUUAAGCAAAAAUUCAUUCCAGGUAUUGCUGAUACAAGACAAAUGAAGGACACUGAUAAUAUUAAUUGUUUAUCCUUUGCAGUAUCAAUUUUGCCCUUUUCUUCAACCUCAACUGCCAAGUUUAUGGAUGCUUGUACUGCAGGAAAGGAAGACCGUCUUCAAGCUUUGCUUUUAGAUUUUAGGCACUCAAAAUUGGAACAGGUUCCUCGAAACUCGAGGGAAAUAUUUCAGCAGCAAUAUGAAGGAGAAGAAACCCUUUUAAGUCAGUCAAAGGCAUUAAAUUGUUUACCAGGUGACGUCAAAAGAAAAACCGAACUAUUCAAAGGUGAUCCAAAAUUUGCAUCCAACUUCAUAAACAAGAAAAAAACUCGACUCAGAACAUCACUUAGAUAUCUUACUUUCAGUCUCUUUCUGCAGAAUGAAAUUAAUACAAUUUUCACUAAGUAUAGAACAUAUUACCCAGAUUUAAAUGCGGUUCAAUGUGAGGUUUUAGAAAUUCCUGCACUAGAGAGGCCAUCUAAGAAGAGGAAAAGCACAGCCUCUGUGAAGGUGACAAAAGAUGUGGAGCCAUUGAGUGUUAUGCAGGAAUCAAAAAAAUCUAUGUAUGAACAAUUUUCUAUUGAUUUAAUAGAGGAUGGAAAGAUAUAUAUUCAGGUAGCUGAGGAAGACACCAUGAUAUGUUGUAUGAAUGAUUAUAAUGAUUCUGGUUCUUUAAGAAAAGAAGUGUAUGUUUAUACCACUUGGCUAAAGCAAGAAUCUGGAGACUACUUCCAUUGUACCUGCAGUAUAUAUAGAACUUUAUUUGAUAUAGCUCAUAGCCAAACUCUAAAUUAUUCAAACAGGAAUAGCUGCAUGCACUGUACAUUCCUUAAGUGUAUUGUUCUUCCAAAUCUACAGAUAGAUGAAAGGGCUACAGAAACCAAAACCCGUAAAUUUGUUCAGGAGGGAAAGCAGUGUGCUGGCAAGGAUUUGAUUGAAUUAAGUGACUUUAAUGGUACACGGAAAUUUUCAGUUUUGGCAGAAGGAGAGACUAAACCUGUUUUUUUAUCACUGAGUCACAACAAGGCCAAAGCAAAUUAUACUGUGACCUGUCACAAUGGCGAGUGUCAAUCAAAGAAGGGACAGAGACGAUAUUUAAAUAACUUGAAUUCUUCAAAUCUUUGCAGACAUUUAUUUGUGCUGAAACAUAAUCCAGAAUCCUGGAUUGAUUUGCAUGAAAGAAAUGCCACUAAUGAAACUUUUUUAGAUGACCAGCUACUAAAUGAUGAAACAAAUGAUGAUGCUGGUGAUGGUGAUCCUGUUGAUACUAAUGACAAUUUUGAUCCUGAAACAGGUCUAUGGAAGUAUAAGUGUGAGAGCAGCCAUCCAGCAGCAGCUAGAGAGAGUGAUAUGUUGAGGCGUAACAUCAUCAAACGUGACGGAUGGAAUGAUUUGACCUUAAGUAGGCAGGCUGAUGGUUCAUUGAAGGGUCCCAAUUUCUAUCCAGAUAUGCCAGACAAUACAUGCUGCUGUGGAUCUGGAUGGUUGAAGCGAGAUGAUGAUCCAGAUUACUCUGAAAACGGGAAAUUGAUUCCUUUAGGUCUAGUUCUUACAGUUUACACACAGUUUGCGCCUGUGCAGUGUGAUGUUUACAAAAGAGUCUGUUACAACCCGAUAGACGACAGUCGCUGUGAACUUGCAUGGAAUGAAGGAUCAUCAGUAAUGAAAACUGGUUGCACUUUUUCAGCAUACUGUCAGAUGAAGGAUGAACUCUACAGAACUCGUGACCCAAAGGCCAAGUUUAUGGAUGCAACAGUUUUUUUAAAAUGGUGGUUUAGCUGGGCAGCUAAUAUGAACAUUGAUUUCAGACAACCAUGUGACAUUUGUAGGUAUGAGCCUAAUAGACUGUGCUGUGAUGGAACCAGAGUAGGCGUAGGUUUUCGUCAUUCAAAUUUCACAGAAAUAAGUACACCUGAUAGUUCUUUACAGACACAGCAAACAUUGCAUCGACGGAUGGACAGAUGUUACCUGAAGAAUAAGCCUGGAGUUGAAAAGAGACAGAUGAUCGCUUAUCGUGAAGCAUUGGAUAAUAUAGCCCGAACUACAGUUGCAGAAUUUGAACCGUUAGAUAUUCCAGAAAAUAAUGAUAGAAUUAAUUUACUUAUGCAGGCUCUACCUGAGGAGGCUCAUCAAUCAUUCCAGCGAUUUACUCGAGGGAUGUCAGAAUUUGAAAGAGUAGCUUAUGCAUCUGUCCUUAAGAUGUUGGCUACAACAGCAUCUGUGACAAGCAUUUUGUCACCAGAAUAUGCACUUUUCUUGCAGGAAUUUCUAACUAAUGAAAAUCUUUCAGAUUUUGAGUUUAACAGACAGAUGUAUGAGAUGAGAUCAUUUGCUCCAGAAAUACGGGACUUGAUUGCAGAAUCGAUGUUGAACAAUAACAACAUUCUACCUGAUGACAUUAAACUUUUUCUAGUUCAUCUUACUAAUGAGUCUCUAAACUUACCAGUUUAUGCCCCAGAGGAUGCUACUUUUCAAUUCGGAACAUACAACCCUGAGAAGCUGGGCCGGGCUUAUUACUUCAAUGAACAUGGUGUUAAACUGAGGAAUGUACGCAAAUUUCAGAUAGAUGAGGACCGAGCAGGCAGAAACAAUGACCAUGAUGAUGAAGCUAUGGACUUUGAGCGAUGCAGAAAGAUUUACUCAAAAAUACAACAAUCAGCACCCGGCACAUCUAACUUGUUUCUUUGGUUUUGUCCAGAUCACGGUCAUUGCUAUGGAUUCCACAUGACAGUGGCUGAAGGCAGAAAAGAUCCAUCAGCUUCAUUAUACUCUCAUCUAGCCAAACCUCCACAAGCAGUGUUUUAUGACUUUGCCUGUAACUUACAGGAAUAUUGCCUCAACAGAGACAGUGGGUACUACAAGAAUGUUAGAUUUUUUCACGAUAUUUUUCAUGGUUAUUCACACAAAUGCUCUACUUCUUUUAGAAGCUCUCGACUUCAAGGAUUUGAAAGUGUGAACUCAGAAAUCUGCGAACAGUUCAACAGCUUCAUCCAGAUUCUGAAGAAAUCAGCAAGACAAAUGACACAAUCUCAUUUCUGUUUCUAUCUUCAGUUCUUUAUUCAUGAGUGGAACAGGAGAAAAAGAGUUGCUUACAAGAGGAAAAUCAGCACUGCACUAGCUGGGCUUUUAUGAAAUGUAUAACAACUUUGAUUUUCAGAGAGCUGUGCAUCAUAAAAUGAUCAAAUGAACUAUGUUUAAUUUAUAUUUCAUUCACUUCUUAUAUAUAUUUGUUUGACUUUCUCAUUUGCGUAUACUUUUGACUAGUAAUUAUCACUGCAUCUGCAAUUGUUUUCGGUUUCUGCUGUGUUUGUUAGUAUGUUUCAGUUUGAGCGAACAGACUCCAACUUUGGCUUCCAGCUUUGCUGUUGAGAAAGGUCAACAAGUUCCACCAGAAGUUCCACCAGAAAUACAUCACGUCUUUGAUUUUAAUGUUUGAGGCAGAUUUUCCACAGCGUCUUCAUCCAAUCUACUUGUGUCGGCAUGUGCAACUACUUAAUCUGAAGGCUUGGAGGGAAUUGUAGCUCAGUGCUUCAUCCUUUAUGUGGAUAAACAAAAGGGAACCAGAAGGAUCGAUCUAAAGACAUUCUUUUCAUAAAUCUGUUGGUGUCAAACAAUAUAAUUUUGAUUGAUCAGUCUUCUUAGUGCCUGUAGUGAACAGUAUGUAUUGUAUUAUAUGUAGUAUAAUAAUCAAUUAAGUGUUGAUAAAUGUCUUACAAUUAUCGUAUAACCCUUUAUAUCAAGUUUUGUUAUAACAUUUGUGGAUUUUAAAAGAUAAGGCAGAGACUAUGUUUACACUGUAAAUGUUCAACUGGUGAAUUCCAUUAUUUGUUGCAAUAUCUAGAUUUUGAUAAUGUAAGGAAUGAUUUCUGAUUAAAGUAUUACAAUAGGAAUCCAAUCUCUGUUAUGCUUAAAGAUGCACUUUUACUCCCAAAUUAGAUAUUCCACAGUUUAUAUAAUUGUUUUUUAUAUAAAAAAUAAGAUUCUUAUGAAGGAUACAGAGUUGAAUUUGAAAGAAGGUUGCAGGAAACAUAAAGAUCAUAAUCAAUCUUUUAGCACUCACCAAUCAUUUAAUAUUUUUAAUUUUAGGAAUUAAAUACACAGUUACAAUAUUGUUAUCAGGAAUCAAUAUUUUCCAUAAAUGCAUUAUUUAGUAAGUAGUUAAAGGUUUAUCAGUCGAAAUGUAUGUUUCAUACAUGUGUAUAUUUUGAUUUUGAAUAAGAGUCACUUGAAAGAUUUAGCUAAAAAUGUUAGAAGAAGAAACUGAAAUUGCCCAAUUCUGUACAAAUAAUUAAGGUCAUACAUUCGCUUAUACACAUUUUAUCAAUGUGAAAUGUUAACUUAAAUUGUUUCUUAAGUAUGAUAUAACAAUCUAUAUUGCAUAAGUAAUUGAAGAUAUUGUUAAAUACCACUUGUAUGUGUACAUGCUGGGUACCCCUUGCACAUAAUGAAAGCUAGGUAUGAAUAAUAUACGAUUUUAAAAUAAUUGCAGUAAAAGACGGCAGUAAACUGAAUGGAAGCUGUACACACACUUAUAAGUACACAUUCACGUGCUGUUUCACAACAUCUCAUGUAACUACUGAGAACACAUGUUUACAGUACAUAUAUUACACUGUUUUAUUUGGACUCAUUUUAUAAAAAAAAAACAUUUAAUUCCU